CACGACUCCUGCCCCAUUCGCCACGUGGUGUCUGCACCUGAAAGUGCUUCCUGUGUUAUUUGUGCAGACGGAUGGACCUUGCCCAGCUUUCUCUUAGUUUUCUUGAUAGUUGUGGUGUCUUCAGCGUCGCGUUCCUCGACAGGUGUGUUUGUGCUGUGAUUCUGACUCUGCCUUGAGCUCUGAACGUGCACUGCAUGACUUGUUACGCCACUACAAAAUGCGAGAGCAACUUUGGCAACGAGAUCUGCCUUGGACCGUGCCUUGGAAUACAGAGCCGCGGAGAAGCCUUGCUCCUGGAAGGAUUUUUAUCCCGAAUUUAUACAUAGAUGCACGGAAGCGGACGCCGCUUUUGUUCCAGUUCCGGCGAAAUGCGGUGCGGACGAAGGAACUUUCUUUCCAGCGAAACCGGAGGAAAACCGUUCCGUUCGACGAUCUCAAAGUGAAGGUUCUCGCGAAGCUAGACGAAGGCUUCGACUCGCUAAAAUUUCUCCAACGGCUCGGCGAGGUCCAGAUGAGCGAACCGAACUUCAGUGCUCUCAUUCAGGUUUGCAACGACUACUUGUGGACGAAAACAACCGUGGAACGCGCCUUCCGAAAGUUCCCGCGGAAUCAAGCCACCGUUUCUGAAAAGAAGAUCUUCCGGGAUGUACUCAUCCAGCUGUACAAGUACAUCACCAAGAGCAUCAUCAUGCUUCUAACACAGGUUGGACUUCGAUGUCCGCAGAAUGCCACCGCGGAACUGGGAAACGUACUGGAGUUACUUCUGAAAAGCGUUCAGUGUAUCGCCCAUCACGAGAGUUUGCGCGUAACGGUUAGUAAGUUCCCUGCAAUGAACGUCCGGCUAUUGGUCAAGGGUGCUCGUGCCAGAGACGCUGAACUUGACUUUGUGUCUGUCAUGAAAGCGAUGAAAAAAGAACUACUCCAACGAAGAAACACUAUCAAAGCCAGUUCCUGGUUGCCGUUUAUAGUGUGACUAUAUACAGUGCUUUAUGAGGGAGUGAAAUGGACGACGGCUCAGGAAACAGGACCUUCUUGACCCUGUCAAUCGCCCUAUGUCUGAAAACUGUUGUGUAUGUGAAUGUGAUAUGUACAUAUACGUGAUUUUGUUGUUAUAACGUUGUCUUCCACAAUUCGGGAUACUAUAAAUCCGAGAGCGGCCAAGGCUUGUUGUCGACGGUGAGGAUCCAGACUUGGAAGGGGACGGAACCUCAUGAUGCUGGAACCACACAGAACCACAGGAGAGCCUAGCUAUUGCCUAGCUAUAGGAGCGUACGUCCCAGUAAAAGUGCAGAAUGCUACCUUAUAUGCAGCGGUGUACUACCAUACAGGCACAAGCUGCAAAAUACGCCGUUUUCCUGUUUGUGGUGGCGUCGUAUCAACUGCGUGCGCCUUGGCACCCUUGCCCUGUGCCAUAUUCGUUUUGUCUGGCUGAGGUACGACAUUUCUGAACGCACACGGUGAAAUGCAAGAGUAUGGCAAGAUGUAUCCGUUCGCCUGAUUCUUACACGAUUAAUAAACCUCGGCUGACUUUU